AUGUCUCUUGAGAAGAUGAAUGAUCUCAACCUAAAAGAAUCUACAAGACCAGAAAACAAAGAAAUUAAUGGGGUUCUCAUGAAUAAAUGGAUAUAUGAUAACUGGGACAAGGUUUGGAACUUUCAAGCCAAGUCUGAUGACCUGCUUAUUGCAACUUAUGCAAAAUCAGGUACAACAUGGACACAAGAGAUUGUGGAUAUGAUACAAAAUGAUGGGAAUGUAGAGAAGUGCCAACGAGCUAACACCUUUGAUAGGCAGCCUUUUAUUGAGUGGAUUAUGCCUCCACCCUUUCAUUCUGGUUUUGAUUUAGCUAUGAAAAUGCCUUCUCCAAGAACACUGAAAACACAUCUACCUGUCCAGAUGGUACCACCUUCCUUUUGGAAAGAAAAUUCAAAGAUAAUCUACAUGGCAAGAAAUGCAAAAGAUUGCCUGGUAUCUUAUUACCAUUUCUCAAGAAUGAAUAAAUAUGUACCUGACCCAGGUACCUUUGAGGAGUACAUAGAGGCUUUCAUGAAUGGAAGAGUGCUCUGGGGUUCCUGGUAUGAUCAUGUUAAAGGAUGGUGGGAUGCAAAAGACAAACACCGAAUUCUUUACCUGUUCUAUGAAGACAUGAAAGAGAACCCAAAGAAAGAAAUCUUAAAGAUUUUGAAAUUCAUGGAGAAGGACAUAUCAGAGGAAAUCCUCAAUAAGAUCAUCCAUCACACCUCUUUUGACAUCAUGAAGCAAAAUCCCAUGGCAAACUAUACCACCCUGCCUACAAGUAUAAUGGAUCAUUCCAUUUCCCCAUUCAUGAGGAAAGGAAUAACAGGGGACUGGAAGAACCAUUUUACUGUUGCCCAGAAUGAGAAAUUUGAUGAAGACUACAAGAAGAAGAUGGAAGGAACCACUUUGAUUUUUCGUACAGAGAUAUGA